AUUCUGAUAUUUAACGAGACUGUUCUGUUAAUUGUGAUAUCUUUAAUUACUACCACUCGUCGGCCUUGACUACCAGCUGUGUUGCCCCGGGAAACGGGCCAGGCUCGAGGCCGCGGGUGUGCGGGAUGCUAGUCGGUUAGCGGCCGUUUGAGCUCGAGCCGGACCCGUUUGAAAAUACGGACAUGUGUCUUAAAACAAACAUUUAACUUAAGUUACUGUUCGGUACAUGAAGGUGAGCGGUACAGAAGAAAAAUCGUUGCUUUAGUCGGGGAUAAAGGACAGUCAGAAUGGCCAGACUUCAAAAGAUUUAUGCUUGCUUGCGGUAUCUGAUGCUCUUCGUUAAUGGGAUCAUCUGCACCGGGGGCUUUGUGCUUCUAGGAUUGGGACUGUGGAUCAAGUUUGGGGCAGCGUCCUUUGUUCAGGUUAUGGGCUCGUUCUCAGCCCAGCUCAUCAAUAUUGGCUAUAUCUGUAUUGGCGUUGGAGCAGUGCUGGCCCUGAUUGGCUUCCUUGGAUGUUGUGGAGCUUGGAAAGAGAACAGAUGUCUUCUCUUGUUGUUCUUUGCAAUAGUGACACUGAUCUUUGUGGCCGAGGUUGUUGGAGCCAUUCUUGUUCUUGUUUACAGGGCAGUGGUAGAGGCUCUUGUACGUGACACUAGCAAGAAAUCUCUGAUGCAGGGCUAUAUGGGUCCUGCAGCCUCAGAUACAGUGUCCCAGGCUUGGAACACCAUUAUGAUUGGGUUUAAGUGUUGUGGGUUCGACAACUACACAGACUUCGCUGGCUCCGUGUUCAGUGUGAACACAGGGCUGUCUUAUCCAAAGAGCUGCUGUGCUGUCCUGACAGAACCGGCCUGCAAUGGGUUGGACAUGAACAAGACUCUCAUUCACCAGAAGGGGUGUUUCCGAGUGUUGAUCUCACUGGUUCAGGAAAAGAGUGUCAUUAUUGGAUCAACAGCUGCUGGCAUUUGUGUAUUAGAGCUUGUAGCCAUGAUUGUUUCUGUUGUGUUGUUUGUUAAGCUUGGAAUUCAAAAUAAUGGUUAGAAGACCAACACUGCGAUUUCUUGAAUGCAAAGCAAAAUUGUAGGUAUCCAUAUUCAGUGUAUCACUACAAAACAUUUCUUUUUUACAUUUUUGUGAUUCAUAAAAAACACUGUUGUGCUUGUAACACUGAAGGCAUCUCUAAAUACAUUUGAAAUGUAAAUAAAAAGUAUCCCCUCCAAUAAAUAGUACAUUCUUUUGCCAAACAA